CAAAGCAGGACUUCAUCGAGUUUCUACCUGUCGAGUCAAAUGAAGCGUCCGAGGUAAACUAGACUGGUUUGGAUCAGCUCACGAUGGACGAGGUGUUCUUUAAGUCUGCUCUACCCGCUCAGGACGGUCUGGCUCUGGGGGACAGCAGCCUGGCUCUGCCCGGUCCCGGGUCAGGAUCUGAGUCCCAGCUGCGAGUCCAGCAGCAAGUCCAGCUCACUCUGGCCCGGAAGACGAGGAAGACUGUGUCAAAUGGAAGUGUCCAUUUACACAAAAAUGCUACAAAGGGUUUCGAUGCUGCAGAUGGAUCUUUAUCAAACAUGAAGGUAAACGGAUGGGGUCCCACUUACCGCUCCCUAUCGAGCCACAAUGUGCGGAGACCCUCCAGGAGGAUGGAAGUUUCCCCCCCGCCCAGCCUAGAGUUACCUCGCUUCAACUCCAGCACCCUCCGUUACGGGACCUACACCCACCCGGGGCCAAAUCCCUCCCACAGGGCAGGGAUGGGCUUCUCUCACGGGUCCGAAUCCUUCCGCCGAUACGCCUUCUCAGAAGCACCUCUUCGUGUGACUCGUCCAAUCACGGCUUCUUCUAAUCAGGGAACGUUCCAGCACAGAUCCAUCAGACAGGAGGGGCCACAGCCUGUGUUUCAGCAGGGUAUAUGGGAGGAUGGAGAAUAUGGAUGGAGCCAAAACCCCGUCAGACAGGACCAGCACACCGUGGGAACCCAGCCUCCGGACGGGGGGCUGUCCUGGCUGGCUCGGGUCAGGAGGGACGGGCUGGGGCUCCGCAGACUGAACUCAUACCCCGCCUCCCUCACCAGCGUGGACAUGGGGAGACAGAUGGAGGUGGAUCUGCCCUUUCAGCAGAAACACGCACAGACCGUCAGGACAGUGAAGUCAGAGAGGCCUCCAGAGAUGACGUUGGAGCGGGCCGUGAACCUGCUGAGUCAGGAGGAUAACGAGGAGACGCUGAUCAGUGCAGCCGGAUACAUCCAGAACCAAUGUUUCAAGAGCGCUGAGGCCAGGAAGAUGGUGUACUAUCUGCGUGGGAUAGGAAAGCUCCAGCAGCUGCUGAACCACGACCACGAGGAGGUGCAGCGCCUCGCCGCAGGAGCGCUGCGAAACGUCGUCUACCAGAGCAGCGAGAACAAGAUGGAGGUGAAGGAGAGCAACGGGCUGAACUCCGUCCUGCAGACGCUGAAGAGCAGCCGGGAUCUGGAGACCAGGCAGCAGCUGACAGGGCUCUUGUGGAAUCUCUCCUCUCACGACCUCCUGAAGGAGCGUCUCUCCAGAGGAGCGUCCCUCUCCGUCCUCACUCACUCCGUUCUGGUUCCAAGCUCCGGCAUUUUUGAAGGAGAAAACCCAAAAGACGAGCUGCUGGCUGACGCCGACGCUUUCCACAACGUCACCGGCUGCCUGCGGAAUCUGAGCUCUGCCGGUCCCGACGGCAGGAAGGCGAUGAGGGAAUGUGAGAAUCUGAUCGACUCUCUGGUCUACUACAUCCGGGGAGCGGUGGCUGACUACAAGACGGACGACAAGUCCACAGAGAACUGCGUCUGCAUCCUGCACAACCUGUCCUAUCAGAUGGAGGCCGAGCUCCCUCAGAGGAUCGCAGAUAUCACAGAGUCUCGACAAAACUUGACUCCGAAGGAAACAGCUGUCGGCUGCUUCGCUUAUCGCAGCGCUAAGAUCACGCAGGAUCUGGAGCGAGAGUGGCCGCUCCUGAAGGAGAAGUCUAACCCUCGGGGGGUGGAGUGGCUGUGGAGCGCCAUCACGGUCCGCAUGUACCUGUCUCUGAUGGCCCGCAGCGUGAGGACCGGCACGCAGGAGGCGGCGCUCGGGGCGCUGCAGAACAUCACCGCCGGCAGCGGGGCGAGGAGUGAAUCCAUCGCCUUCACUAUCGUCCAGCGGGAAAAUGGCCUCCAGCACGUGAAGAGGAUGUUGGAGGAGGGAGAGAACGAUGUGAAGAGGACGGCUCUGUCUGUCGUUAAAAACCUCUCACGAUACCAGGAGCUGCACGCCGAGAUCGUGAAGCAGGUGUUGUCAGAGAUGGUGGAGAUGUUACCGAGCGACGACACCGGCACCGAUGUGUCCACCGAGGUGACGGCCACGCUCUGUAACACCCUGCUCAAUCUGAGCCAGAGCGACAUGCAGAACGUCAGAGCCAUCUUCAACCAGGGAGCGCUGCCCAACAUCAUCAACAUCAGCAGCAAGGACAACGGCUAUGGACCAACGAGAGCAGGCCAGGCAGCGUGCGUCCUGCUGCACAGCAUGUGGAAAUACAGCGAUCUGCACGGGGCCUUCAGGAAGUGUGGCUACAGGAAAUCAGAUUUCAUCAAUUCAAGAACAACAAAGGCUGUGAACUCCAAGAAAUCUUAAACUCCUGCCUCGUCUGAUCCCUAUAACUAGCACUAAAUGCACUGCGACUGCCCCAUGUCUUUAUUUACUCUAAAGAUCCCAUGAAACGGAUUUAAAACUGUACAUUUAAUAGUUUUUGUUUGUGUUUUUGUUAUUUUAAGUUAGCUGAUGGACAAACAACAUGCUCUAUUUAAAUGAUACAGAACGAGACAUAGUUCUGUUUGUCGGCCACUUUCACGGUCAGAAAAAAUGAUAUUGAAUGAAGUGUAAAGUGUUUCUCUAUGUUUGUGUUGUUUAAUGUAGUGGCAGCUAAAGACUCGACAAUACUGAUUUGUGUGUUUUGUUUAUUUCAGGACUUUAGGCGUGAUGUAAUCAGACAAAGAACCACAAAGAAAAUGUUGAAAUAAUCACACUGAACUGAUGUAUAAAUGUAUAUAGAAUGUAUUUUUAGAUAGAGUCGUUUCCCAAUGUAAUGCACAACAAGCUGAUUUCAUGCUGUCUGACUUGAGUUGAUUCUUUGAAUGAAUAAACUGCUAUAAAUCAAA